AUGUUAGUCUCUACUUUGAGAAUAAUUUUUUUCACUAUCUUUUUUCAAGAACCUCCUAAAGUUCUAACUAAAAAAUGGAACGAUUUUGCAUUAUCCCAAUUGAAAUUGAAGUAA